GUUUUAUUGUAAAGAGUUCAUCAGGAUGAGAUCAGCUGCAGCUUCACUUUUCUUACUGCUUCUUCUUGUUGUCCACUCGGAGACGUGGGAACCACAUAAGGAUCACUCUUCAAACGAUGACCCCAUCCGGCAGAUUCAACAGAAACCACAGUUCCCAAUCCGACCCCCGACACCUCCAGCAACCACUCCCGCUCCCACAACACCCGCAGAGGUCGAGGAGGUCGAGGAGGACGAGGAGGACGAGUUCCUGGGUCCACAUGAGUGUUUGGAGGAGAAGUUUACCCGUGAGUCCUGUGGCCUGGUGUUCUGCCCUCCGUGGGCGCGCUGCAUCGAUGGACACUGCUUCUGUAAACCGCCCUACCUGUGUCCGGUGGAGAACGUGACCACGGUUUGUGGGCGGGACCACAGAACCUAUCGCUCCUACUGCCAGGCUAUGGCCCUCACAUGUCGGACCGGGAGGCCCGCCAUGUCCCACUUUGGGAGUAACUGCGAAGCGAGCUACCCAAAGUUUGAGAGCAGCAUCGACUCAAACACAGGAUUGGUCCAGGUCUUCAUCCCUAACACGACAGAAGGAAGUUACAACAGAGAGAAAUUACUGGUCUGCAGGAAGAUUUGGAACAUGGCCGCGGCGAACGUAGCCUGCAAGGACAAAGGCUUCCCCCUCGGUGCAGCUUCUGCCGGGUUUGAGUUUUACAACUCCCUCCAAACUGACGGGGGACCGGAGCCGCUCCCUGAAAGCUGCGUUAGCAUCCGCUGCCAAGGCUACGAGAACUCCCUGGCUGAGUGUGUGAUCUACAACAAGGUCCGGAUCGGCAACAGGAAGGUGGCGACUGUAACCUGUUACAAGGCGCCGCCAGCUCCACAGACAGAGUGUGGCUUCACAUGUGCAAACACCAAGUGUGUGACUCUGAACCAGACGUGUGACGGGGUGGACGAUUGUGGCGACCGCAGUGAUGAGAUGUGCUGCAAAAAAUGCAGGAACAACAGUUUCCGCUGUAAGACGGGCGUGUGCGUGCACAAAGAGGCGCUCCGGGACGGACAGAUGGACUGUCUGGACGGCGAGGACGAAUCGCCGAAGCACGUUGAACACAAGCCGGUGGACAAUACACAGCUCAGGAACACGGAGUACGAGUCUCCAAAGAGAGAAACAACAGCCAGCAGGAAGUACCUGGAGUCCAGGUUGUACUGUGGGAUUCCCAACGCCACCACAGUGGACGAUGUGGAUGUGGAGGAGCGGGUGAUGGGCAGUCGAGUCAAGAGAGUGGUGGGAGGAGUCCCGGCUAACCCGACUCAGAUCCAGUGGCAGGUUGCUCUGGAGGAGAACAGGAAGAUCGACUGUGGGGGGGCGUACAUCGGAGGAUGCUGGGUACUCACGGCUGCUCACUGCGUCAGGCCCAACCCGACUGCCUUCAGGGUGAAGUUCUCUCUCUGGAGGAAGACUCGAGCCCAGGACACGACCGACAUCGUCCCCGUUGCAGACAUUCACAUCCACCCGAAGUACAACGCCAGCUCCUACGAGAACGACAUCGCCCUGGUGCAGCUGCAGAAACUUCCCUUCCAAAAGGAGAAAUGCUUCAUAGACAACCCGGCCAUCAGCGCCGUCUGCGUGCCCUGGACCACUCACCUGUUUCAGCCCAACCACACCUGCAGCAUCUCUGGAUGGGGACGCACCGCGGAGGGACGAGCAGCUCAGGUUCUGCUGUGGGCCAACGUGUCGCUCAUCAACGACUGUCAGCGGUAUUACAAAGACCGCUUCAAACCGGGCAUGAUGUGUGCAGGUGACCUGGACGGCAGCGUGGACUCGUGUCAGGGGGACAGCGGGGGUCCUUUAGUCUGUGAAGAUGAAAUGGGGAUUUCUUAUCUGUGGGGCAUCGUGAGCUGGGGAGAGAGGUGCGGUCAGCCAGGGUUCCCCGGAGUUUAUACACAGGUGGCUCAUUUCUUCGAGUGGAUCAGACUUCACACAGGCUGGCCUGCAGUCACCAGAUUCAACUCCUGAUGAGCCGACAGCGCGCGCUGCGACACGAGGAAACGACCAGCUGCUCUUUUUAAUCCAGGAAAUGAAAUAUUAUAAGCAUUUUAUUUGUUUGUUUAAAAGUGCAGCAUCGUCUCGAGCAUGCUAGCAUUCAUGCUAAUUCGUGCAGUUUUUUUUUUUACGGUGUACGCAAAAUAAAAACAUUUUAUAAGUGAAGCGCCUUUUUGUUAAAUACUGAAUAAAUAUCUGAGACUGAGAUUAAUCUGUGACAUAAAGAAAGAAAUUAAAACAACUUGA